AUGGCCUCAAAAAGCGUGGUCCGCAGCCAACAGCAGCAUAAGGUGUUUGUUGCCAGUUCCGACGAGUCGAAGAUAUGCGUCGUCAUGGUGGGCCUCCCGGCCCGAGGCAAGAGUCUCAUCGCCGGCAAGGCCAUGCGCUACCUGGGGUGGGUCGGGAUCCCUGCGCGUGUCUUCAAUGUUGGCAGCUAUCGCCGAUUCAACACUCCCCAGCCUCAGGCAACCUUCUUCGAUCCACACAAUGAAGAAGGCGAGCGAAUGCGCCGAGCUGCGGCUGAGGCCGCUAUGUCUGACAUGCUUCAGUGGUUCAAUACUGGCAAAGGUGUUGUGGCAAUCCUGGACGCGACUAACUCUACCAAGGAGCGUCGUCAAUGGAUCUAUGAGAAAUGCCACGAGGCUAAUAUUGAGGCUCUCUUCGUUGAGUCGAUCUGUGACGAUGAAGACCUGAUCAUGACCAAUAUCAAAGAGGUCAAGACGACAUCUCCAGAUUACAAGGGUCAAGACCCUGAAGUGGCUGCUCUUGAUUUCCGCAAUCGCAUUCGCAACUAUGAGAAGGUCUAUGAGACCAUCGAUGAUAACGAGAAGCAUUACACCUAUGUGAAACUCAUCAACGUGGGAUCCACGGUCAUCAUAAACCAGAUCAAGGAUUAUCUUUCCAGUCGUCUCGUCUAUUAUAUCCAGAAUCUUCACAUCAAGCCUCGUUCGAUUUGGCUGUCUCGGCACGGUGAAUCUGAGUUCAACCUGACCGGUCGCAUUGGAGGUGACUCCAAUAUCUCCGAGCGUGGUGAGGCUUAUGCUCGCGCACUCCCUGAACUUAUGCGCAAGUCUGGGAUCCCAGAUAACACCAAGAUCGUAAUCUGGACCUCAACAUUGAGCCGUACCAUACAGAGCGCUCGACACUUGAAGGCAGAGACUGGUUACGAAAAGCUGGAGUGGAAGGCCCUGGAUGAGCUGGACUCGGGCGUCUGCGAUGGCCUGACCUACGAGCAAAUCGCCGAGAAAUACCCAGAGGAUUUUGCCGCCCGCGACGAAGACAAAUACAACUACCGCUACCGCGGCGGCGAGUCCUACCGUGACGUCGUCAUCCGUCUCGAACCUAUCAUCAUGGAGUUGGAGCGCAGUGAGAAUGUCAUAAUCGUGACUCACCAAGCUGUCCUUCGCUGCAUCUACGCUUACUUCAUGAAUGUGCCCCAGGAACAGAGUCCCUGGAUGGAGGUGCCUUUGCACACUCUGAUCAAACUCACGCCUCGCGCAUAUGGCACUGAAGAACAGCGCUUCAAGGCUGACAUCCCCGCUGUCUCUACCUGGCGUGGGAAGGGUACUUCGGCGAGGCACCAAGAAUUCCCCACGGAGGCAGCAAAGGUAGAGACUAAACAUUAG